GAGGAGGCGGCGGCUCCGAGGAGAACAUGAAUCAGCGGCGGCGGCGACGGCGGCGACGGCUGUGGAAGGAGCGCGGUGGCCCAGGAGCGGCCCCGGGGACCCCGCGCGGCUGACAGCCGCCGCGGCGACUCUCAGCGGGAGCGGGUCUCGGAGCGCGGGCCCCAGCGCCGCCCCCACCCGCCCCCUCGGCCGGCCCCCGCCCCUCCCUCGGCCCUCCUCCCUCCUCCCUCCUCUCCCUCCUCCCUCGUCCUCCUCCACUCCCUCCUCCCUGGUCGCUCGCGGGCCGGGCCCGGCAUGGUGCGGCGUCGCCGCCGAUGGCGCUGAGGCGGAGCAUGGGGCGGUCGGGGCUCCCGCCGCUGCCGCCGCCGCCGCCGCCGCCGCCGCUGCUGCUGCUGGCCGGUCUGGCCGCUCUGCUGCUCCCGGAGCCCGCGGCCGCAGCCACUGAGGCAUUUGCCAGUGACAGGAGAGCUUCUUGCAGCACCCGGGAUCCCCAAGUUCACACUACACACCCCUGGGACUGCUGGGCGUGUAUGGCGUGCCUGAAGCUCAUGGGAGCCCCAGUGAAGAUGACAGUGUCUCAGGGGCAGCCGGUGAAGCUCAACUGCAGCGUGGAGGGGAUGGAGGAGCCUGAGAUACAGUGGGUGAAGGAUGGGGCUGUGGUCCAGAGUGUGGAUCAGGUGUACAUCCCCGUCAGUGAGCAGCACUGGAUCGGCUUCCUCAGCCUGAAGUCAGUGGAGCGCUCUGAUGCGGGCCAGUACUGGUGCCAGGUGGAGGAUGGGGGCGAAACUGAGACCUCCCAGCCAGUGUGGCUCAUGGUAGAAGGUGUGCCAUUUUUCACUGUGGAGCCAAAAGAUCUGGCAGUGCCACCCAAUGCCCCUUUCCAACUGUUUUGUGAGGCCGUGGGUCCCCCAGAACCUGUUACCAUUGUCUGGUGGAGAGGAGGCACGAAGCUUGGGGGACCUGCUCCCUCUCCCUCCGUUUUAAAUGUAACAGGGGUGACCCAGAGCACCGUGUUCUCCUGUGAAGCUCACAACCUAAAAGGCCUGGCCUCUUCUCGCCCAGCCACUGUUCGUCUUCAAGCACUGCCUGCAGCCCCCUUCAACGUCACAGUGACGAAGCUCUCCAGCAGCAAUGCUAGCGUGGCCUGGACGCCAGGUGCCGAUGGCCAAGCCCUGCUCCAAUCCUGUACGGUGCAGGUGACUCAGGCCCCAGGAGGCUGGGAGGUCCUGGCUGUUGUGGUUCCUGUGCCACCUUUUACCUGUCUGCUCCGGGACCUGGCACCUGCCACCAACUAUAGCCUCAGGGUUCGCUGUGCCAAUGCCUUGGGGCCUUCUCCAUAUGCUGACUGGGUACCCUUUCGGACAAAGGGUCUAGCCCCAGCCAGAGCUCCCCAGAACCUCCAUGCCAUCCGCACGGACUCAGGCCUCAUCCUGGAAUGGGAAGAAGUGAUCCCUGAGGGCCCUUUGGAAGGCCCCCUGGGACCCUAUAAACUGUCCUGGGCUCAAGACAACGGAACCCAGGGUGAGCUGACAGUGGAGGGGACCAGGGCCAACCUGACAGGCUGGGAUCCCCAGAAGGACCUGACUGUGCGUGUGUGCGUCUCCAAUGCAGUGGGCUGUGGGCCCUGGAGUCUGCCACUGGUGGUCUCUUCUCAUGACCAUGCAGGCCAGGAGGGCGCUCCCCACAGCCGCACAUCCUGGGUGCCUGUGGUCCUGGGUGUGCUGACAGCCCUGGUGACAGCCGCUGCCCUGGCCCUCAUCCUGCUUCGAAAGAGGCGGAAGGAGACACGGUUUGGGCAAGCCUUUGACAGUGUCAUGGCCCGGGGGGAGCCAGCUGUUCACUUCCGGGCAGCACGGUCCUUCAACCGGGAAAGGCCUGAGCGCAUCGAGGCCACACUGGACAGCUUGGGCAUCAGUGAUGAGCUGAAGGACAAGCUGGAGGAUGUACUCAUCCCAGAGCAGCAGUUCACCCUGGGCCGGAUGUUGGGCAAAGGAGAGUUUGGUUCAGUGCGGGAGGCCCAGUUGAAGCAGGAGGAUGGCUCCUUUGUGAAAGUGGCUGUAAAGAUGCUGAAAGCUGACAUCAUUGCCUCAAGCGACAUUGAAGAGUUUCUCAGGGAAGCGGCUUGCAUGAAGGAGUUUGACCACCCACACGUGGCCAAGCUAGUUGGGGUGAGUCUCCGGAGCAGGGCCAAAGGCCGUCUCCCCAUCCCCAUGGUCAUCCUGCCUUUCAUGAAACACGGGGACCUGCACGCCUUCCUGCUCGCCUCCCGGAUUGGGGAGAACCCCUUUAACCUGCCCCUGCAGACCCUGGUCCGGUUCAUGGUGGACAUCGCCUGUGGCAUGGAGUACCUGAGCUCCCGGAACUUUAUCCACCGAGACCUGGCUGCCCGGAACUGCAUGCUGGCAGAAGACAUGACGGUGUGCGUGGCCGACUUUGGACUCUCCCGGAAGAUCUAUAGCGGGGACUACUAUCGUCAGGGCUGUGCCUCCAAACUGCCCGUCAAGUGGCUGGCCCUGGAGAGCCUGGCUGACAACCUGUAUACUGUGCACAGUGACGUGUGGGCCUUCGGGGUGACCAUGUGGGAGAUCAUGACGCGUGGGCAGACGCCGUAUGCUGGCAUCGAGAACGCUGAGAUUUACAACUACCUCAUCGGCGGGAACCGCCUGAAACAGCCUCCAGAGUGCGUGGAGGACGUGUAUGAGCUCAUGUACCAGUGCUGGAGUGCAGACCCCAAGCAGCGUCCCACUUUCACAUGUCUGCGCAUGGAGCUGGAGAAUGUCCUGGGCCACCUGUCUGUACUCUCCGCCAGCCAGGACCCCUUGUACAUCAACCUUGAGGGAGCCCAGGAGUCUGCCGAGGGAGGCAACCUGGAGCUCCCUGGCGGGGACCAGGCCAGCAGCGGGGCUGGGGAUGGCAGUGGCCUGGGGGCAGUGGGGGGCACCGGUGACUAUCGGUACAUCCUCAGCCCCGGGGGGCUGGCCGAGCGGCCUCGGCAGGAGGAGCAGCAGCCAGAGAGCCCUGUCAAUGAGUCCCAGCGGCUGCUGCUGCUGCAGCAAGGGCUACUACCCCACAGUAGCUGUUAGCCCACAGGCAGAGGGCAUCUGGGGCCAUGCGGCUGGCUCUGCUGGCUGCUGUGCUGGCUGACUAAGCCCUGUCUGACCCCAGCCCAGGCAGCAAGGCAUGGAGGCUCCUGUGGUAGUCCUCCCAAGCUGUGCUGGAAGCCUGGACUGACCAAAUCACCCAAUCCCAGUUCUUCCUGCAACCACUUUGUGGCCGGCCUGGCAUCAGUUCAGGCCUUGGCUGGGUGGAGGUGGGCCAGGCCUGGUUGUCUAAACCCAGGCAGCUGGCAGAGGGGGUGGUUAUGUUUCCAUGGUUACCAUGGGUGGGGAGAGGAGUUGGGAGAGGGUAGAUCCAACCCUGUGGGCCCCUACUCUCCCAGCUGAGCUGCCUCUGCUGCUUUAGUGCAUGCAUUGAGGCAUCUCUGGCCUGGGGGCCCAUCUGUGCCUGUGCUUGGGGUUUAAAUGCCCAGGUUUGCCCCUCCUCACAAAGAGAUGCCCUUGUAUUAUUCCCCUUUAGGUGAGAAUUGGUAAGGGGUUGGUACAGCAGGUCCCAAGCCCUGUAGCCGGAGGCAGUGGGACACUCAGGUCUGAAUCUUAAUCACCUUCCUGGUUACCCACCCUGUCUAGGCCAGGAGUAAGUGCAGCUGACCAGGUCACAGCAAAGGCAUGCUGAAUUACACAGGCUACCGUUUGCCAGGCUUCUAAAGGCAAUGCACUGAGCCCGGCAAGAGGAAGCGGUGCUGUAACCUUGCCCAGGAAUGAGCGAGGCCCGAGAGGAGUCCAGGAGCCCCUCUUCAGUCCCUUCCGCAGUCUGUCUGAGCAUGCUACCAAAUCCCAAAAUACCCUAAGACUAACAAAGGCAGCUGUGUCUGAGCCCAGUCCUUCCACGCAGUGUCUCUUUGUCCCAACCUUCCUUCUAACUGGAGACCCUCUUCUGUCCCAAGUCUCCAAAGAUGGAGAGAAAAUAGGCUUGGUGGCUGGUGUGGCUGAGGGAGAGUUACUGGAGCCUGGACCCCAGCCUGGUGGGGGAGCCUCUGGGAGUGCAUGGGGCAGGCCCUUGCCGUUAGGGACUUGUCCAAGCCGUUAGAUGCUGUUUAAAAACAGAAAUAAAUUGAAGACUGAAGACCCAA